CAACUGACAUCCAUGAGAUAUCCUCAGAAGUUCGUCAGCCCAAUUUCUUCUCGCUCUUCUUCAAUUCAAUCCCCCUUUUUUCUCUCUCUGCCUUCCCUCUCUUGUUUUUCUUACACGGAUGGAUCCAUUUCCGAAUCUCUUCAUCUAAAUUUCCCCCCAAUUUUUCUCUCCUCUCUCUCCUUAGAUUCUUCACUUUCUCUCUCUUAAUUUUUCAAUUUUCAAUUUUCCCCCAAUUUUUUGUUCAUACAUUUCUGUACUCUGGAAUAAAUUAUUUCCUCAUCGAUUUUUCUGUUUCGCUGAUGAAAAUAGAAAAUCUGGGUUGCUAUUAUUCCCCACCUUCCUUGCUGUACCAGAUAUUGACUUUCUUCAUCUAAAAGAUGUCGAAUUUCUUCCUCUUGGGGUUUCUGUAGUUUUUAAUUUAUUCCGUUUAUUUAUCCCAAUCAUCGAAUAAGAAACCCAGACUUGGUUGAUUUUUGUAAUUUUUUUUUGCUGUUGUUGUUGUAUAUUUUGGUUGUAGGUCAGAUUUUGGAAAGAGGAAUUUUAUUUUCUUCUAGGGGAUUUUUUUUCUCGAUCAUUACCGUUUUGUUUAAUGGGUUUGAAGUAGAUCUAAAGGGCGUGGGCAGAAAUUUGAGGCUUCUGAUUGUUGGUUGAAUAUUUUUGAUUUUUUGUACGUUUUGUUGUAAUUGUAAAAUAAAAAAAAAGGAACAAUACCUUUUUAGGUUUUAAUUAAUCUGUAGCAAAUCAAUUAUGGAUCAUGUUAUUGGAGGCAAGUUCAAGCUGGGGAGGAAGAUUGGUAGCGGAUCUUUUGGAGAGCUUUAUUUGGGAGUAAAUAUACAAACUGGAGAAGAAGUUGCUGUGAAGCUGGAAUCGGUUAAAACUAAGCACCCUCAGCUUCACUAUGAAUCGAAGUUAUACAUGCUUCUUCAAGGAGGAACUGGGAUUCCGCACCUUAAAUGGUUUGGAGUCGAAGGUGAGUACAACGCUAUGGCUAUUGAUCUUCUUGGACCAAGCUUGGAAGAUUUGUUCAACUAUUGUAACAGGAAGUUGACACUGAAAACAGUUUUAAUGCUUGCUGAUCAAUUAAUAAAUAGAGUCGAAUACAUGCACUCUAGAGGUUUUCUUCACCGGGAUAUAAAGCCUGAUAACUUCUUAAUGGGCUUGGGACGCAAAGCAAAUCAGGUAUUCUUUCUUUACUUAUACUGUGUUGAUUACUUAAAUUUGGAGGACAUAACUAUUGCCAUGACAUUGUCAUCGCAAACUGAUUCGGAAAGAAACCGGAUUUCUCGGCCGAGUAGUACUUCAAAGCGGGCCGUAGUAUCAAGCAGUAGGCCCAGCUCGUCUGGCGAGCCGAGUGAGAAUCGUCAUAGCAGGCUAGGCUCGGGAAGUGGUCGGAUAUCCACCACUCAAAGAUUACAGCCUGGAUUUGAGUCCAAGUCUUCUUCUUUCACCCGUGCUUCUGCUACGAGAGGUGUUCGUGACGAAACCCUAAGAAGCUUUGAGCUGUUGACUAUUGGAGCUGGCAAAAGGAAAUAAUAAUAAAUCGAGUGUUACUAAACACACACUGUAAUGUUGUUACCGGUGAGAGAGUUUUAAGAAAAAGAGAAGAAAACCUUCGAAAAAUUUGAGAUGUUUGUUCUGAAUGCAUUUACUACUCGUUACUUAAUUUCUUGAUUCGAUGAUAUAUUUGAUAUGUAAAAUACCCUUGAGAGGUGAAUAUAUAUAUUGCUGAGGGGAAAAAACUAUAAUCGUUGUAUGUGGGUGUACUAGUUGAUUGGUCUCGGAAAACGGUGUACGUGUAUGGUGCCUUAUGGCACACAUGCUAUAAUCUCCUUUUGUUUAAAGACGAUGAUGUUUAAUUUGUCCGAA